AAUGUAAAUAUAGCUAACUUGACAGAGAAAAAUUAAGAAAUCACAAAGAUAGGAUAAUUAAGAAAAAUCAGCAUGCCGAAAUGCGAUAACAAAACCAGAUAUAUUCCAGCACUUUUCGCGUGGCUUCUUCUUUUGGGUGCAACGUUUUUAUUCUUUUAUUAUCCAUGUCGAUAUUAUUGGUCCAAUCAUCCAUAUGUUCCAGCGAUUCAAGGUGUCAUAACAUUCUUUGUCAUCGCCAACUUUUCACUCGCAACUUUCAUGGAUCCAGGAGUCAUUCCGAAAGCACCACCAGAUGAAGACAGAGAAGAUGAAUUUCGAGCGCCUUUGUACAAAAACGCUGAAAUAAAUGGAAUCACAGUACGAAUGAAAUGGUGCGUGACAUGUAAAUUUUAUCGACCUCCGAGAUGCUCCCAUUGUUCCGUAUGUAAUCAUUGUAUUGAGCUGGGUAUCCAACUGUAUCGGUCGCCGAAAUUAUCGGUUCUUCUUCUUCUUUCUCAUCACUCUUUCAAUUCAUAUGCUAAGCAUAUUCACGUUCUCACUGCUUUACGUGCUAAAUAGUAGAGAUAAACUUGGACAAACUCAGCCUAUUGUGGCAAUGGGCUUAAUGGCGCUUAUUUCCAUCCUGGCGAUUCCGAUAUUUGGACUCACAGGCUUUCAUAUGGUUCUUGUGUCACGAGGCCGAACGACGAAUGAACAAGUUACAGGAAAGUUCAAGGGAGGUUACAAUCCUUUCUCAAGAGGUUGUUGGAAUAAUUGCUGCUUUACUUUAUGUGGACCACAAUAUCCAUCAUUAAAAGAUGCUAAAAAGCAUGGUGCCCGACGCAUAAAUCAAAACAAUCAACAGAUUAGCAUCAUAACAAGUGAGAACACAGGUCUUAACUCAAACAAUCAUCAACCACAAAUGCAAGCUCAACAACAACAGCAACAUUAUGACGGUCGCAUAAAUACACAAGUGAAAACUUAUACAGAUCAUGGUAAUGGACACAGUGUGAUGAGAACAGGCAAUUCAAGCCAUUAUAGCAAGUUGUCUCCUGGACGAGAACAUGACAUCGACAUGGAUCCACAAGCGUCACAAAGUCAAGAUUGUGAGCCAACGCCGCCUCCACUUCAACGACAUGGUUCCAAAAAUAAUUUCUUUCCACCUCCAAUGGAUAACAAUGAGGCGACACGACAACAAAAUGUGAGAAUGUAUGGACAAGCAAGGUUUAGUCCCCAUCCAAGGCAUAGAUCAUACACUUCAGAUCCAUUGUCACCAGAUCAAACAAUGUCAGUUCAACAAAUGCAACAAACAAAUGUCCCACGAAUGGGAACUGGAAAUCUUACAACAUCAUCAGCAACACCAACGAUGCAACAAAGAAUAAAAGCAAUUGGCGGGGUUGCGCUUCCACUUGCAGCUGUGUCAAGUCCAGUUCGAAGAUCAAAUCCAGGAACACCCACACAAGUUCGUCGACCAGAUUUCAUUUACGUUGCAAAUCAACAACAACAACAGCAGCAACAACAACCUGGUCUUAACUAUUACGACUUUCCAAUUCAUCAACAGACUUCAAAUCAAAUGAUGAUUCAUCAACAACAACAGCAAGGCCAAAUUGGUCUUCCUUCAUAUCCCAACGGUAGCCCUCAAAGGCGAUUCUUAUCAGAGGGUGAACUUUUAUCACGCACUGCUAGCAAUGGUUUAAGCAUUGGAAAUGAGCUUCAAUAUGUUAAUCGAACAAACAACACGGUCGAUAAUAUUCGUGAGCUUGCUGGAAGUCCACAACGUGGCGUUUAUAAUUGGAAAGAUAAUUCACCACCAGGUUAUCCUAAUCAGAAUCAAAUCCCAAUGGGAGCAGCAAUGUACGCGAAUGUAGCUGGUCAACCACCACAACAGCAAACAAAUAAUACAAAUAACUUUAUCGGACGGCCGCCGUUGCCUACAAGUCAGCAACAGCAACAACAAGCACAGCAACAGCAAUAUCUUCAAAAUCAAAAUAUGACCAUCGCAACAUCACAGCAACAACAACAACAAUCAAAUAAUAGACAACAAAGUAAUGUUAGUAGCAUCAUAAACAACAUUGUGGCGAACAGUGCCAAUGCUUCGAAUUAUCAUCCAGCACUUCGUGGUGGUGUUCAAGUCUUUCCACCUCAAAUACCCGCAUCACCUCAAGUGAAACGAAAACAAACACCGACAAGACCAAUAUCAUUUGUGCGAGCACUUGAAAUGGCGAAUUCUAUUGAGAUGACAAAUACAAAUUAUCAGCAACAAGCACAACAACAACAACAGCAGGGUGAGCCAAUAGACAAAUCAUCAAAUGAAAUGAAUCCAAAUGUUCAACAAUCGCAGCAGAUUGUUGAUCGUGGAAGUAUUUAUGAUACAAAUUAUGAGAUAUCUGUGUGAUCCGAGAAGCAUGCCAAUCAUGUCAUUGGCGUUGGUGUAAAUGUCGGUAAUGUUCAAGAGAAGUUCAAGAUAGCUUCGAGAAAAGAGAGCGUAGAUAAAUAUUGAAUUUUCCCAUCUACAUAUGCAUUAAAUUGUGACGAAACAAAAUGAAAAGAAGCUUUAAAAGUUUUCACAUUUGAUGCAACAUGUUGAAACCAUUUAAAGCUUUUCUCUUUUUUGUUUUCUUUUCCAUCCAUUGUCAUUGUGUGCAUGAAUUUUUUAAAAAUAUCACUUGAUGAAAAGUUUUUUAACUCGGCACGCUUUAAAUGACCGAAAUAUUGUUUGUGUAACUUAUAAAAUUCAUUUUUUAGUUGAGUCAUUAAUAAAUACCUAAUUUGCUUGAUGUACAGUUCUGUUAUCGUUAACUUUAUACUUAUAAAUACUUAUUAGAAAAAAAGGAAAGAAACAAACUUUGUUAUCAAAGUUAAAAAACUUAAUUUUUGUCUGAAAAGAUGAUUAAAACAAAUCUUGCAAAUUACUGCAAAUCAACAGCGAUGAAUUAAUUCGAAAAAAUUAUGAAACGAAAAAUGUUUUUCAAUUUACAUUUUUAUGAAUGUAAACUUGAUGAAAAAAGAGAAAAAAACGAAACACAAUUCAGUAUGAGAAAUGAGUCAAUGCACUUGAAACACACAAAAUAAAAGUUUUUCAUUUUAUUUUUCUUGUUCUUUUUAUUAUUAUUGUUAAAAUGGCAAAAAGAGAUGAAAAUGAUAAUUAAAGAACUAAGAAGAAUAAUUAUUAAACGAAAAUUUUGAAAUCACGUACUAAUAUCUAAUUUAUUACUAAAUUCAAUGUUUUAUCAUUUUGGUUUUUGAACUUUAAGUCACUUGUCAGGGAGAAAAGGAAAAAUUAUUCAUAAGAUUGGCUUCGAAUUAUCAAAUUAUCGUAUAAAAAGCUUGAAGAUUGUCGACUGAUGUGAAUUAGCUUGCAUUAUUGGCGAAAGAGUUUUAAGAAAGCAGAAGAAAAAAUAUUUUUGAUAAAGUGAAACAAGAAUUUUGUUUCAAUUCUUUUUGGUACGAAGCAAGAAAAAAAAGUGCAAUUGAGUUCGUUUUACGACAAUUAAGAGAAUAUUGUGUGCACCAAACUUUUUGCUUUUCGGUGUGCAUUAGGAAAUAGAAUUGAAUUGAAAGAAAUAAUCAACAAAAAUUACAAAAUCACGAAUAAAAAAAGUAUCUAAAU